AUGGCUUCCAGACCUGCCCAAUCGACAGCGACGAUGCUAGAGUCACUCGUACAUCAUAUCGCCCUGCCACCUCAGCUACCCCAGCAACAAGAGCGUGUGUCAACGUUGAACAAGAUCCAAGACGUUCUACUCGAUCAUCUUCUCGCAGCUACCAAUAUUUUGGACGCACUGCACCUUGGUACCCCAUGGCACUGUAUCCGCCGAUCUAUCCAAACUUGUAAAACCAUCAACUCGGGUGGGACAAUUAACAAGACCGCUCUCCUUGCUGCGUUCCGAGAGCUAGAAAAUGGGAGUGAUGAGGUCCUUAUCCUACAUGUUGCUGAACAGAAUGCCGCAGUUCUGAUUCGACGAGAGUACGCCUUCCAUCACCACUCUCCCCCACCCACCUCUCAUCAAAGUGGUCCUAACAUCAUCUUCAGUUCUGUCAAACGCGACAACGUCAUAUUUGAGGCCUUCGAAACCUCCCCCCUCUCAGAUAAAGUCCUUGCUGCCAAGGGGCCACUAGAAUGGGACUUCCCAGGCUGUGCAGUGACCCUACCCCUUUCGACUUUUUCCAUCCCCGCCUUCCAGAAUGAGCUUGCUGUUUUUCUCUCACAAGCCAGCACGGAAUCAAUAAAGCGCUUUGCAGCCCGGGCAAACAAAGCUGGAGUUUCCGUUUUCGAGAGUCGAGAUACUGUGAAUCCAGAACUGGUUACUUCGAUGCUAAUGACCCUACUUGAAGCCAAUGGCGCGCGUUCGUUCCCUUCACUUCUACGCAAACAUGUCCGAGAUGAUGUCUGCUGGUCUGAGGGAGCCCAGAAGCCUUGGAGGAGGUGUCCCUUUUGGCUGGUAGUGCGCGUUGCGAUACAGCGACACCUCUCAACGCUCAUUGGUGAUGAAGCUGGCCGACUACAGUACAAGCUUUUGAUGUGUCAAGUACUUGCAGACCUGUUAGAAGAGGGUUCGGGAAAACAGCUCGAUAUAGAACUGCUGUCAUUUCUGAACAGCAAACUUUGCCGUCGCAUUGCCAAGCUCGAGGUUGACAAGCAGAGAGCCCAUACGAAGAUUCAAGCAGUCUACGAGUCCAUGUUCUCAGCACUCCAGCCAUUUUUCGAAAAGGUCACCACUAUUGCAGUUAGCCAAAUAGAGACUGCAUGGUCAGGCUUCAAAAAAGAUAACCAGCGGCCAAUAUUAACCUUUCCACGCCGCUCUGACCCACGACACCUCCGGCUAAGUCUUCUGAACUCUGCAAAUCACAUUGAUGGGACUCUAUCAGCUUGGAUAUAUGAUCAUCAAAGACUUCACUCCACCACGGCUCGCACGCAACCAAUUCCUGAGGUUUUAUCCGCGAUUAACAUAGAACGUCAAGCCUUUGUUGAUCGCUACUCCUCGCUCUCGGACAUGGAGAUCAACAUGGAGCACAUAUCUGCAGAACCCACCCCAACGACAGAAGCCGACUGUCAGGAUCGAUGCAUCUCCCUCACUAAGCACAUCGAGGAGUACCUAAUCGCUGUCGGAAAUGCGUACGUCGGUAAUCCCGAACAGAAUAGCAUAAUGCUAUUAACGAUCAUGGAGCUCUGGGUCUCAAUGGAGAAAUGUGCUCUACAGCUUUUCGUCCUCUUGCGGGACUUCAAUCCAGUAUUCCCCCCAGGAAUCAUAGAUGUUUUACAUAUAUCUAGUCCGAAAGAUAUGCGCCGUCUCCAAAAUAUUCGAUCAUAUCUUAAAGACAGGCAAGCGUCUUGCUCGGGAAGAUUCACCAUCUUUAGUAGCCCAAUCAGAGGCUGUUUCGGAGAACGAUACUUUGAAGAGUCUAAAGACUCAUUGGAGUUGAAAGAACUCUUUCGUCAGAUUGAAGAUCGAGCCGAAGAGGAGCGUCAAGAAAAGCAGCAAGAAUGGCAGUCAAAAUCUACUGAUUACGAACGACUCGUCCGUGCCGCUGCCGAAAGUACACAUGUGAAAGAAGAAAACUAUUACGGGGAGCCUGAGGAAACUUGCGUUCGAAAUUGUCAAAAAUGUUUGCUUGACCAAAAUGCUCUUCGUCUCAGCAUCAGUGUCCACGAGCAUCCGUUACCAUCUGAUCAAGUGGAGGCGAAAGUUACUGUUUUCGAGCUAAAUUGUCCAGAAGCUUUCGCAGCCUAUCGGGAAGCAACGUGGAGAAUUAUCAGUUCCCUAAGUGCCCCAUCUCCAAUGGAACAAUUUCCUCCUAAACUUCUGCUCGCCAAAUACCCUGGUUUUAGGGACUUCUUACAAAACAGCCUAUGCAGCUUCACGCUGGCGUCUACCAAGAAGUCAUUCGUCGUCACACAUUACAGAACCAUUGGGUUUCCCGUGAGCCUCGAAGAUGUUUGUGUUCCGAACGGAUUACGGUUUGAGUAUUAUGAUCAACUAAACCAAGUAUGGCCUGGCCGCCAGACUCUAAGACCGACGUUUGCCCACCAUUGUCGGUUGAUUAUUCCAACAAGCUCACCCUUCUCAAGGCUCCUGUUAUCGACAGAUUUCAAUUCGGACUCGGAUGGACCAUCAAGUUAUGCGACUAUCGCAAGCCAGAGUAGAUGCCCGCCAGGAGUCAAUGUCCAUGAGUUCACGGCUUACCAAGCUCUUUUCUCUGGAAAGACUCGUCGGUGGCCUCAAAUCUUGAUGGAGCUUGGGGCAUCGAAUCUAAAUUUUAGUACGGAAGCAACAGCAUUACUGCUUUGCCAUCUGGCAUUGCAGAUUGGGCCUGCCCCUGAUGACAAUCAUCUAGGUUCGGUGCAUACAUUCUUCAACGACGAGAUCUUCUGUGCAAACCUGCUAAAGCAGCUCAACCUACGUUUAGAUGGGAUAUCAUCCAAUUGGAGGGAGACAAAUUGCAUGGAGUCGAUUAUCACUCUAACCAUUCGAUUGAAUUCGCUCGGCAUCGGUUCAAAGGAUGCAUCAAAGCAGCUCUUAGAGAAGGUCCGAAAUGUUACUUUCAAGUGGAUUACUGAGCUUCGUUCCGAAGUUCGAGCUGCCACAAGUUUACAAGCAUCUCUCAAUCUGUCCACAUAUGCGUUGUGGGCGGCGUUGCUCUGCCGUAGAACGUUCGAUCCAUGUCUUGAUUUUAACCAUAGUCUAGAUCCUAAAGCUCUUCAGUGUUACAUUGAAAGUUCUAUCACGAUGCAAGAUAACAUUGCUUCAGAUGCUACAUCAUUGCCAAUCCUUCUCAGAUUUUCAUUGGUCCGAGAUGUCAAGAUAAUUCACGGAAUGCGGUACCUUCUUCGAAAGUCUCUUUUAGACAACCCGCAGAGUUUUAUGUAUGCUAUCAAGACUGUCUGGCCGGACCUCGAGGAUUUGUCAUCUAAGAAAGUAUCUCCAUUUCUAUUUCUGGAAGGUAUCCAUCAAUGGUGGGUCGAAGUAACCAUGGUUGCCACGCUUCACACCCUUCCACAAACCAUACAUUUUCAUGUACUCAACGGCCACUUACUCGUUGACGGAAAACCAAUUGGGAAGCUCCCGGCCAAAUAUACUACACACAUCAUCUUGACGGAACUUUUUGGCAAUCAAAACCUACCUUCAUAUCCUUCGAAUCUCCCUGGCAUGAACUAUACUCUUACCGCCGUGGAAUAUGGUCAUCAGAUCCAUCUUGGGUUUCGAAAUGAUCAUCUGGUUGUGAGAGCCCUACUAGGCAACAGAAUUCUCGAGCUUCUUCCCCGUCAAAUAUUCUCCGGCCCUCAAAACUUCGAUCUUCCCGCCUCAUUGGUAGAUAAUUGUGUACAUUGGCUCGAUGUUCGUACAGGGAGUAUUGAGAUCAGGCAAAGACCUCAUAUUUGGAUGACAAAGAAGCAAAGCAAUUGGACUUUAGACUACCCCAAUCGUCGAGCGUAUCGCCGCGAAUCCGCAUUAAUCGAUCCUUAUAGUCCUUUAUUUAAGCUGUUUUCAAGAACAUUUGAAUUCUUCGAAGCUAGUCGGUUUUUGACAGUCGUCCAGCCGCCGUAUUCUAGCGCUUUAGUUGUCGAACUUCGUCGCGUGGAGCUUGCAUUUUUCGUGAACGAGAGAAAUUGCCUGGAAUCAUCGCAGUUGAGGGCAGAGAUAGAUCCUGAUCAAGAUGCUGGUACUUGGUAUGGCCUUCAAUCAAAGAUCGUUUUGAGAGAGAAGAUUCCGGGCUACAACUACUCUAUUAGGGGGCGACAGCGCAGUCUAAUUGUGCCUAUCGGUCCUUUGAUAAAUUAUAAGCGUCACGGAAUACACAUUGUGACCCGGGUAGAAAGCAGCGAGGGGUAUUAUGCUAGAUACACGAUCAACAAACCCCUGGGGCGUCUUGAUUGCCCUGCAGAGCCACGACUUCUGUACUUUAAAUCACUUUGCCACGCAUAUACAUCAUUCAUUCUUCCUGACUCUCUCACUGGUCGUACGGGGACAGAGGAAGCCUUGCAUUGUCUGGCUGGGGGUUUGUUUCAGCCUUGGACACCCCUCAAGGAAUGGCACGUCCAAGUGCUGAACCAACUAGCUUCUCUCACUCCUCGCAGAGAAUACUAUCCCCUCGGUCAUAAGGUUAUGCAGAAGACCUUCUGGAACCCAUUACUGACGUCAAAUGUUCAACAUGAUGGACUCAGAGCUGCCGUCGAGUCUAUAUUCUCAAAAUCCAAUCAAUUAUUAACAUUCGCUUCGGAGAAGUUGGAGGCUUGCGCUCUUGAGCCGGGUGGAGACGACCAUCUGACCACGAGGAGUCAUCUUCGACGAGAGACUUACCAGCGCUCGAAUUUCGACUCAAAUCCUUCCCAGGUAUCUCAAUAUAUGUCGUACGCCGCACGAGAUGUCUGGCGUACUAGCCAGAGAAGAUCAAAUGUGGUUGAAUCCGCAAAUUUGAUUCUCAAUUGGUCAUCGAAAAUGAGAACAACAAAAGAUUUAGCCGGUAUUCUUCAAUCCUGGCCUAAAAUUGGCGGCUACAACGGGGAGGCGGAAAAGAUUCUGCUCAGCAAUCUUCUUGGUCUGGACUUUGCCCCUGAAUGGGGAUCAUUUGUCAAUCUUUGCCGAAAUUCGAGCUCGGAUGAUGUGUAUCGACUCAUGUUUUUGUUCUCUGUCAUUUCUUUCCGCCAAGACGCUGAUAUGGAUACCAUACGCAUCCUGCUAGCUUUCGCAAUCAUAGAAGAUUUGAAGGGCUUGACACCACCAACAUGGCCAUUAUAUGAAAAAUUCAGACACAACCAAGUUCCACGAAUGGAUUAUAUCCAGCCAAUGAUGGAGCAAUACCUUGUACCCUACAAGGGCGACGAACUAUACAAUCUAGGGUUUAACCUCUCCGCCAAACUACAAAAAAAGUACAAGGCACUGGAACGUGCACAUAAGCAGCAGCAAGAAAUAGAUAUGAGACAACUGGGAGACUUUCUCUUGAAACAAUGGCCUUGCCUUGAGCCAUCUAUCAAAGGCUUCACGGCCUCAGUCUUAAUCGACGUUGCUCAGGCAUUAGAUGUCAUUCGUCCCGCGUGGUUGUGUCUCUUCCAGAACUUUGAACUCUCCCUUCACAUUUCCCAAGUUCAGGAUGUAUUGGAUAGGCAUUACAUCGAUGAUAAAGGCAGAAAUACUCAGGCCGAGGUUCAGGAACAGGCAAUUUAUUCUAUACGCUAUCGAGGAGGAGAGUUCCCAACAUUGUCUCAGCUACUCAGCAAGACAGGCCCAGCUUUACCCCCAAUCACCCGUAUAGGCAAGCCAAAGGCUCUGAAGAAAGAGGGUUCUUUACUGAAAGACUAUGGCAAGACCAUAAAUAGAAGCACCCUGAGUUCACGAGCCGGGAAUUCGAACCUCAAAGAGUUGAGUGAUGAACACAAUACACCUGAGAGUCAAGAACUACAAGCUAUCAUCGAACAUGUCGUUAAGUCAGAGUCGAACGUUCGACAACAGUACGGCAAGGAUUUAACCCAAAGUCUCAAAGCUCUAGGCAAUCUCAAACGCGAAUUAACAAAGCAGAGUAUACCCAGUGCCAUGACUCUCGCUGACCAAAUAUCGGCCGCCCAAAAGAUUGUCUCCCAACAUUUUACUUGUCUUUCCAAUUCAUUCGAGGAGGGUGAUACGUGCGCCCACUGGCUUCGUAGGGGAGGUUUAUGGCCUGUCAUAACUCCUGUAUCGGUCUUGGAAACCUUGCGAUCUACUUUGCAGGUAUCUUUUGGGACCAACAUGAAAGAGUAUAUUGUUCUAUAUGCAUUGUCCCUCACAAACCUCCAACGGCUUAUCAGGAUGGAAGAAGCUUCACUAAAUAAGAAUGAGCAGCGACUGAUUGAGGAGCAAAAUUGUCGACCGCAUAGUAACUGGGCUCCAAUCGAUCGUCUAGACUGGUUGCUUCUUGAGCUAGAUUCUAAUAUUCUUAUUAGACCUGGUCAGGUCGAUGUAGCUCUGGCUACAAUAUCACCAGCGUCUAAAGCAAAUUCUGUAUUACAGAUGAACAUGGGUCAAGGCAAAACAUCUUGCAUUAUGCCGAUGGCUGCUGCUGUCUUAGGAGAUGGGAAACAUUUGCUGAGAGUGGUGGUUCCAAAAGCUCUGCUUUUGCAGACAGCGCAGCUCCUACAUGCCCGCCUUGGAGGCUUGCUUGGCCGAGAGCUCAGGCACAUUCCAUUCUCGCGGAAAACUUCGACGGACCAACGAACGAUUCAAUUAUUUGAGCAGAUCCAUAGGGACAUUCAAAAAUCGUGCGGGGUUAUGCUUGCACUUCCUGAACAUCUGCUGUCUUUUAAACUCUCUGGUCUGCAGCGGCUCUCGGAUAGUCUCAUUCCCGAAGCGAAGACAAUGGUCAAUGUUCAGAGUUAUCUCAAUCGUGUUUCUCGAGACAUAUUAGACGAAGCAGAUUACAUUCUCGCGAUUCGGACGCAGCUUAUCUAUCCCUCAGGCUCACAAAAGACGGUUGACGGUCACCCGCAUCGCUGGGAAACAAUCGAGGCUUUAUUGAAGAUUGUAGAGUCCAAUAUUUUCAAUUUACGAAAGAAGUUUCCUCAGAGUAUUGAGGUAGUCCAAAGCACACAGGGUCGAUUUCCAGUGGUGUACUUCCUUCGUAAAGAUGUGGAGGACGCCCUGAUGUCCAGACUCGUGGAUGAGAUUUACCGAGGCCGGACAUCGAUCUUACCUGAAGACCUGUCAAAAUCGGAUCGCCUUGCCAUCAGAGACUUCAUCUCGAUGCCAAAUGUUGGGCUGGGUGUACGCCAACAUAUCAAUCGAUUGCUACCCGAAAAGCCAGCCGUGAAGCAAGUGGUUCAUCUGUUGCGAGGCCUUUUAGUUCAUCGGAUCCUUCUGAUGACCUUGAAAAAACGUUGGAACGUGCAAUAUGGAUUGCAUCCAGCAAGAGACCCAAUGGCAGUGCCUUACCAUGCCAAAGGAACCCCCAGCGAUCAGGCCGAAUGGGGUCACCCUGACGUUGCAAUAUUGCUCACGUGCCUAUCAUUUUACCAUGGCGGGCUCAAUAUCCCUCAGCUUCGACAGACCUUGGAGCAUGUAUUAAAAAGUGAUGAUCCUUCUCAAGUUUAUGAUAGCCUCUCCCUGAGUUCCAGCCUUCCUGAUUCUUUGAGGGACUGGGGCUCAAUCAAUAUUGAUGAUGAGGCGCAGAUUCUAGAAAUUUGGACGCAUAUUCGCUACGGAGUCAUCGUUGCCGACUACUUCUUGAAUAAUUUUGUCUUUCCUCAACAUGCAAAGCAAUUCCAACUGAAGUUGCAAGCUUCGGGAUGGGAUAUUCCGCUUUUCCCCGACCAAAGUUUUGCAACUGCGGUCGAAAAGUCUCGUGGAAGUAAUUCAUUACAGCUUCCACUGACGACCGGGUUCAGCGGGACCAAUGACUCUAAGAGAAUGCUGCCCUUGACAAUCAAGCAACAAGAUCUCGGUGGGCUUGCAUAUACGAAUGCUGAAGUUUUGACAUAUCUUUUGCAACGACGAAAUCGGCAGUAUGCUCUAGCGGCGGAUCAUCAAGGAAAGCGUCUAUCUGAGCGAGGUUUGCUUCAAAGAAUCAGCAAUAUGCAUAUUCGAGUAUUCAUCGAUGCGGGGGCUCAGAUUCUGGAAAUGGACAACUUCAAUCUUGCGAAAACAUGGCUCGAAAUCUUCACUGGAGCUCCUGCGGCCGUAUAUUUCAGAGACAACACGCCAAUGGUUCUAUACCGUCAUGGAAGUCAAAUUCCACUUCUUGCAUCGUCUUAUGCAAACGAUCUUGGCAAGGCAUUGGUGUAUCUCGAUCAAGCCCACACUAGAGGCACAGAUUUGAAAAUGCCGGCGAGCGCAGCUGGGGCUCUAACACUUGGUUUAGACCAAAGCAAGGAUCAUACCGUUCAAGCUGCAAUGAGAUUGCGACAGCUUGGUACAACCCAGUCCAUUGUCUGGUUUGCGCCACCAGAGGUUCACCAGAGUAUCUUAGACGUCCGUCAAAAGAUGUCAGGGGACCCAAUUACCUCAUACGAUGUCGUCCAUUGGCUUCUAGAGCAGACAUGUGUUCAAAUAGAACAACUGCAGCCGCUUUAUAUCUCGCAGGGUAACGACUUCUGCCGCCGCGCCCAAGCUGCAUUGAAGGACGCAGAAUUUCUCGUUGAUGAGGAGCAACGCGAGAGCUAUCUAGCAACUUUGAGGCAAUAUGAACAGCAGACGCUAGAACAGCUGUACGGCGUGAAUCAGAAGGCGAAACGAUCGGCUCCUAGUACAAAUACAUUGACUGGAGUUUUAGCUGCCUUUGAUAAGGAGCUCAAGUUCCAGAGAAAGAGCUUCCAGGAUACCGGGCACGCCGUUCAUGGUUCUGCCUUGCAAGAGGUCGAACAAGAGAGAGAGGUAGCGUUCGAGGUCGAAAAUGUCCGCCAAGUCCAGAAACCAGUUCACUUCCAGCCAUUUUCAUUCCCUGGCCUUCAUCGCGAUCUUGCCAACUUUGUGAAGACUGGCAGAAUGGCUGCGGAUUCGGCAGCUUAUGAUGAUGCAUUUAAGCUUCUCCAGCGAACUACCGUUGGACGUAAGCAUCGAGUCAACAGCGACGGAACAGCGUAUAAGCUUUACGUAUCAACCGAGUUCACAAAGACUGUCAGGUUGCCAACCGAUCGGUCGUUUGAUAAUUUCCAACGCCAACCAAACUGGAUUUUGUGGAGUACCAUUUCAGAAAUAGCACUAGUCAUCAUUCCGGAAGAGGCCGAGCAUAUCAUUCCCAUUCUCCUUCACGCCCAAGAACCGCCAACCUAUCUUCUCACCUAUGCCGCGCCCGUCACCCGCAAGAUGCUUCUACAUUUCAAUGACCUGAAGUUCUAUUCAAUUCCGAAUCUCCCCUCCACCUGGGAAGCACCUCUCUGGCUCAAGGUCGAAUUAGGUCUAUUUGCCGGGCGACUCUAUUUCGACUAUAGCGAGUAUGCUUUCUUGUGCGAAUUUCUAGGUGUCAAGGAGUCUGCCGUAAGUCUAGAGGAGGUAGACGACGAUUUUGAGCUGGGUCCACCAGCGCUUGAUGGUGUUGUUGAAGAGGAAGUUGUCGCCAAAUCGCAAGAAUCAAAAGUCUUCGCUCGGAAGCCAUUGACAUUCCUCCACGAGUGGUUGGCGAUACGCAGAAAAGGACAAGACUUCUCAUCCUCUCCAAUGGGCCAAGUUUGUCAAGGAAAGCCCUUGACGAGCGAUCAUACCUUCUUCAUAAAGCCUGAGGCUACUCGGAUCAGCAGAAACACUGAGCAUACAAGAGUCAAACGUUUAGUACCAGACGCUCCGGAAGAGGACGAUGUUGAGGAUGAUAUUUAUGAUGAGGACGCGUUCAGUAAGAUCAGACCCGGUGAGAUUGAUACUUUCGAUGAUGCGGCACUGAAGGACGACUCAUCUUCGGAGAGCGAUUAA